CCGAAAGUAGCCCACAAUAUUAGCUGGCACGGAUUCGUUUCUCGUGCAUAGGACAGCCCUAGAAACGCUGACAGAUCACUUGAGCGACACAAUUCUUAGCGAUAACAACCCACUCUUAUCGAGUAAUUAAAAUAUUCUUAUCUUUAAAAAAUGAACUGCGAUCAGGACGUCGCGACAUGUCACGUUCUUGACUGUUUCAGAGACAGACUGAAGCGUCUGAUCAAAGUCGAGCCGCUUUUGGACCUUUUGAGUUUCCUUGAACCGGAUCAGAAGGAUCGGAUAAACGCCAAGAUAGUUAGAGAUGGUGACAUCAGCGCGGCAUCUCUUCUUAUUGACGAAAUUAUUAAAAAACGUGACGUCAAAGGCUGGUCGCGGGAACUGAUCACUGCACUUGAGACUGUCGGAUGUAAACAAGCAGCGAAUUAUGUUGAUAAUAAACCGCCCGAGCCGACAGAAGAGGAGCAAAACGACAGCUGUGUUCGGCUCUUCGAUCUGAUGCGACUGUCGCUGGUCAACAUGAAAACACGCGAUGUGUCCACGCACUGCGCCGAUAUGGGGCUGUUAACACAGGAGGACAUGGAAAAUAUUAUGACUGCCGUUGACCGUAAAGGCAAUACAUAUGGCGCUCGUUUGCUCCUCAAGCAGCUGGUCAAGAACGAAACUGGCUGGUUUUCCAAAUUCCUGCAGGCUCUGGAGGACACCGAGCAUUACGACCUAGCACGUGAACUGAGAGGAGAGCCGUGUAAUGAAGAUGAACCUAUGUCUGUUGACACGUUUGAGAUGAGAACAAUGGAAGAGAGUGAACAGCCGUGUGCAGACGCUCCAGAGGAGAUGGAAACAGACUCCAUCACCCCUCCGGCUCUCUCUGCCAAUAGCUCACUUCUGUCGGACGAUUUGGACAGCAGUAUGGACAACAGCAGUCUUGAGACAUCAGCUCUUUCCACCACUGUUACUGAAGAGGCUGAUAUGUACUUAGAUGGUCAACAGAAAGAGGAGGAAGAUCUUGCGGAGGACACCGAUCAAUCCGCGAGCAAUGGAAAUAUUGUGCUACGUGACUAUCAGAUGGAGGUGGCCAGACUAGCGCUGGAAGGCAAGAACAUCAUCGUCUGCCUCCCAACAGGAAGCGGUAAAACCAGAGUUGCUGUGUUCAUCACUAAGAAACAUUUGGAGAGUCGGAAGCGCAUGGGAGAGCCUGGGAAAGUUGUUGUUCUGGUUAACAAGGUGCCCCUGGUUGAGCAGCACUACAAGGCCGAGUUUGGGAAGUUUCUACAGCACAAGUACUCCGUGAAACCGGUCAGUGGUGCAUCACAGCUCAAAAUCUCCUUCCCACAAAUUGUGGAGCAAAAUGACAUCAUCAUCUGCACGGCACAGAUUCUGGAAAACUCCUUGGCCAAAGCCAAGAAUGGCGACGAGGAUGGAGUCAAAUUAUCGCAGUUUUCCCUGAUGGUCAUUGAUGAAUGUCACCACACGCAGAAGGGCGGUGUGUAUAAUCAUAUCAUGAUCCGCUACCUGAAACAAAAACAUCGAAACCAGAAACUGGUGAAGCAGCAAAAAGAGCCGGUUCCCAUUCCUCAGAUUCUGGGCCUGACCGCCUCACCUGGUGUGGGAGGAGCCAAGACCCAACAGAAAGCAGAGGAACACAUUUUACAGAUCUGCGGAAAUCUGGACGCCUUUACAAUUAAAACAAAAAAUUCUGAGGAGGAGCCAAAAAAGCCUUAUAAAAGGAUUGCGAUAGCAGAAGAGAGGAAGGAGGAUCCAUUUGGAGACGUGAUCAAAAAAAUUAUGGAUGAAAUCCACACACAUGCCGAGCUGAAGCCCUCCUGUGAACCUGGCACACAAAACUAUGAACAAUGGGUGGUACAGAAAGAGCAAAACGCUGCUAAAGAAGAGAAUCAGAAGGUUCGCGUGUGUGCAGAGCAUCUCCGUCAAUACAACGAGGCUCUUCAUCAGAGUAACACCCUACGCAUGUCAGACGCUUUCUGCUUUCUCGACAAAUAUCACACAGAAGAGCUCAAGACAAAAUCCACUCCUGAUAGUGAAGAUAAUAUUACGAUCACAGACACAGAGCGAUUCCUCUUCACUUUGUUUAAAGACAAAAAAGCAAAGCUGCAGGAGCUGAUGGGAAAGCCGCAAUAUGAAAAUAAUAAUCUAGCGCAGCUAAAAGCAAACAUUCUGAAGGAAUUCAGCAGCAGGGAGAAGGCGAGAGGCAUCAUGUUCACACAGACUCGUCUCAGCGCCAUCGCGCUCUGCCAAUGGAUUCAAGAAAACCCCAAGUUUGAUGAAAUUGGAGUCAGAGCCAAAUAUCUGAUUGGUGGAGGAGAUCAGAGCCUGGUGAAACCAAUGACCCCUGCGGAGCAGAAAGAUGUGUUAAACAAGUUUCACGAAGGCGAGAUUAACCUGCUGAUCGCCACCACUGUGGCAGAAGAGGGGCUGGACAUCGCAGACUGUAAUUUUGUCAUACGCUAUGGCCUCGUGACCAAUGAGAUCGCCAUGAUUCAGGCCAGAGGUCGAGGGCGAGCUGAGGACAGCAGUUACACGCUGGUGGCCGAGUCGGGAUCUGGUGUGGCAGAGAGAGAGAGCGUUAAUGAAUACAGGGAGAAAAUGAUGAGCAAAGCCAUCGCCAAAGUGUGCAAGAUGAAUCGAGCUGACUAUGAGAAGAAAAUCAAAGAGUUUCAAAUCCAGGCCAUAUUGGAGGAAAAGGUCAAAACGAAGAAGAAACAGCAGAAGGGAAUGAUAAAAGAGCCUCCAUCUCAAAUCAGUCUGAGCUGCAGACAGUGCGCUGUGUUUGUUUGCUCUGGAGAAGACAUUGAGAUCAUCGAAAACAUGCACCAUGUCAACGUCAGCGAGACAUUCAGUACGCUGUUUAUAAGACGAGAGAACGUCUCACUGCAGGAGAGACAGCUGGACUAUGAGACCAAUGGCGUCAUCGCAUGUAAAAACUGUGGAGAGCCAUGGGGUUCAAUGAUGCUGUAUAAAAGCAUGGAGUGUCCCUGUCUCCACAUCAAGAACUUUGUGGUCACAUACAAAUCUAAGAAGAAAACGUACAUCAAAUGGACCGAGCUGCCCAUACGCUUCUCUUCAUUUGAUUACACGCAACACGCAGAUCUCGGGGAUGAGGACAGUGACACUGAAUGAACCCAAACCUCAGAAGAACGACUAAAAUCAUCUCUAACACAAUGAAAUCAUCUGUGAGAUGCAGUAACUAUUAAGUCUGUUCUGUUGCAUGCACUGUGGCUUUCAUCAAACUGUUCAUUAUCCUCAUUUUUAUCAUCCAAACCUUUUGUUUUGAUUCCUAUAUUAACAUUUAGAUAACUUAUUUUUCUGAUGAUUUAUUAAAAAUACUUUGUGCAUCUGCUGAGCAAAACGUUUGUCUUCAGGUGUUGUUUACAUUGCACCCAAUUCUGAUAAUUGUGACCGUGUCUGUGAAAUCCAAGCUAAAAAGACUCAUAAUCCAUUAUUAGGAGCAUCAAAGUUUGAUUUCAAUAUUUGAUAUGAUAUGUUCUUUACAUUAUGUAGGAUGAUGAUUAUAGAAAACAUCACAAAACGUGCUUUAAGCGAUAAUCAAGGCAAAUAUCAUACAGUAAUUACCCCAUAAUUUUCCCACCCUCAAGCAAUCUGGGAAACAUGUGUCCAUCAUCUUUCAUACGAGCAUAUUUGGAAUUAUUUUAGUAAAUUUCCUUGCUCUUCCAAGCUUUAUAAAUGGUUGAAAAUAAGGAUCAGGGAACAACUUCUGACUUUAAACCCCAAAAAAGGACAUUCAUCCUUUACAGAGGUAAUCCACACGGCUAAAAUUAGUUAAUAAAAGUAUUUUGCGGGAAAUCGAUGCAUGCAAUAUAUUAAGAAAAAUAAAUAUUUUAAACUUUAAUAAACUAUAAUAACUAGCUUCCGGUAAUGACACCAUUUUGGACUCAUGCCAUUCACGAGAAUCACUGUGCAACAUACCAAUAGCAACCAACGCUCACUUCACUAAAACUCUUUCGUGAAUUCCGUGAGUCAAAGAUGGCCCCAUUGCCAGAAUCUGGAUAUUACAGUUUAUAAAGUUUGAAAUAUGGAAAUUUUUUACAAAAUUGCAUUGAUUACCCGCAGAAGACCUUUAUUAAACCAUUUAAGCGUGUGAAUUACCUCUGUAAAGGAUGAAUGCACUUUCUAUGGGGGUUAAAAUCAGAUUGUGUCCCUGAUCCCUGUUUUCUACCAUUAUAAAGCUUGGAAGAGCAAGGAUACUUACUAAAAUAGCUCUAAAUCUGCUUGUCUGAAAGAUGAUGGACAUAUGUAUCUCAGAUUCCCUGAGGGCGAGUACAUCAUAGAGUAACUUUGAUAUUUGGCUGGAGUAUCCCUUUAAGUGGGUUAAAAACUGUGGAUAUAUGACCUGUUUAUUAGACUGUUUAGUCAGCUUCCUAUAUCAGUGCUAUUGUAAUGACUGUAACAUCAACAUGAUAUUUUCCAUAAUUCCCACAAGUUUUGCACUGAGCCCUGUGAUGGACUGCCAAGCAGACGGGGUGUUUCUCUGCCUUUCCCUAAGAUAGGGUUACAAGCGGUGGUGGAAGAUCUCUCAUAAUAUAUAUGUUAGAGAUAAACAGUUUAGAUGAUGAACGUAUGAAUUUUGCUGUAAAUACAGCAUACAGAUUAAACCACUGUGAUGCUAUGCAAUCAUCAAGAGCAGUGAUUUAUGGCAAGUGUUCCGUAUGUGCCUGUAUAUGUAUUCACCCCUGUGGGUCUCGUUCUGCUUUUUAAACUAAAUAAAUAAAAAUGCAAAUUGA